UGUUCUUCUCAUUGUCUAUGCCCGCAAAUUACCAAUAUUCCCUUCCACAUGAAUUAAGCUUCUAAAUCUCUUUGCAUUGCAUUCAUGGCCACUCAAACACCCUCUUCAUCUACUCCUGAAGUUAGUAAGAAGAGAAAAAGAGACAAUUCAUCUUCGUCUCGAUGGAAACAUGAAGUUUUCCUUAGCUUUUAUGGCAAAGAUACUCGCACGAGUUUUACGGAUCAUCUAUAUGCUGAUUUAAAACGGAAAGGUAUUCUUGUAUUUAGGGAUGAUGAAGCACUCCAGCGAGGAGAAGACAUUUCUAAAGCGCUUCGGAAAGCAAUUCAAAAAUCACAAUACGGCAUCGUCAUUCUUUCGAAAAAUUAUACUUCUUCCAAAUGGUGCCUUAGGGAACUUGCCGAGAUCGUUGAAUGGGAGAAAAACACAAAGCUGAUCAAAAUUAUUCCUAUUUUCUACUAUGUAGAUCCUUCAGACGUAAGAAAUCAAAGAGGGACUUUUGCAAAAGCUUUCGCCGCACAUGAAAAAGAUCCCAAGGUAGACAUCAAAGAGAUUAAAAUGUGGAAAAAAGCUUUCAGUAAGGUGGGCGAUACUAAAGGAGAGCACAUACAUCAACACAGGUACGAAUCAACAAUUAUACAAGACAUCAGUAGACGUAUAACUCAGGAGUUGAAUUCUAGAUUCUCAAGUCAUGAUUACGAUAAACUUGUUGCAAUAGACUCCCAAGUAGACAAAAUGAUGGAGUUAUUGGAUAUGGAAUCGAACGAUGUUCGCUUUGUAGGAAUUCAUGGGAUGGGUGGCGUUGGUAAGACAACGUUGGCCCAAAUAAUUUAUUAUAGAGUUUCUAAUUCUUGUUGUCGAUUUGAAGGAAGCAGCUUUAUUUCUUGUAUUAGAGAAGAAUCUAAAGCUCGUGGUCUAGCUUCUUUACAAAAACAACUUCUUUCUAUGAUCAUGCAAGAAGAAAUACAUGUAUGGGAUCAAAACGAGGGAGAUCGGAUGAGAAAGAAGAUGCUGAGUAAUAAAAGGGUUUUUAUUGUCCUUGAUGAUGUGGAUAGUGACGAGCAACUGACGGCAUUAGCAGGGGAUCGGAAAUGGUUUGGUCCAGGGAGUAGGGUGAUUAUAACAAGCAGAGAUGGUCAUCUGUUGAAAAGACAUGGAGUGAAUGAUAUCUAUGAGGUUGAGCGGCUUCAAAAAGAUGAAGCAUUGCAGCUCUUUAGUUUGUCAGCCUUCGACAAAACCCAUCCACCAGAGAAUUACAAGGAUCUAUCUAUGGAUUUUGUGAAGUAUGCUCAAGGCCUUCCUUUAGCUCUUAAUGUUUUGGGUUGUUUCUUGCGUGAUAGAACAAUAGAUGCAUGGAAAAGUGAGAGAGAUAAACUAAAAGCAAUUCCUAAUCCAAAAAUUAUGGAUGUACUUCAAAUAAGUUUUGAUGGGCUGGAGGAUUCGCAGAAAGAGUUAUUUUUGGAUAUGGCGUGUUUGUCUCGAGGACAGCAUUGGGUGGAUAACACACUUAAUGAUGAGAUGUUAUUUGAAAGUUUUGGUCAUUAUCGCAUCGACCUUGAUGUUCUCGUCGAGAAGUCCCUCAUAAGAAAAUCAAACUAUGGAUGGUUGUCCAUGCAUGAUUUGCUAGAAGAACUGGGCAGGGAAAUAGUUCGCCGCGAAUGUCGUAGAGAUCACCCUGGAGGACGGAGUAGACUGUUUUGUGUGGAGGAUCUCUAUCACGUACUGGAGACUGAUACUGGAACUGAUGCAACUAAAGCCAUACUCGUGCAUUCUUGUGCUGAAACGAAAGAUCAGAUAGUCAAAGCCAAAGCGUUUUCAAAGAUGAGAAAAUUGAGGUAUCUAAAAUUCCCUGAUUCUCGAACUAUACAAUGGAGUGGAGAUCCUUUAAAAUACAUGCCAACCAAUGAGUUGCGAUUUCUAGAGUGGCCUGGAUAUCAUUUGAAAACCUUGCCGAGCAGUUUCCCACAAAAAAAUCUUACUGUACUAAGGAUGAGUCGCAGCCGUAUCAAACAACUAUGGAAGGGGUCGAUGGUUUUACCCAAUUUGAAGUUCUUUGAUCUGAGUUAUUCUAAGAACUUGAUUGAAACGCCAGAUUUGACUGGAGUCCCAAAUCUUGAGACAAUAUACCUUUUAGGCUGUAGAAGAUUGUGUGAGCUCCACCCAUCCAUCGGAAGUCUCAAAAAAUUAUACUUUUUGUUACUUGACAAAUGUUCAAGCCUUGAGAAGUUACCAGACCUGAGUAGACGUAUGGAAUGCCUGACCCAUCUUUUGGCAAGGGGAACUGCUAUAACACAAAUACCAUCUGUUAAGAGCAAUAUUGAUGCCUGUGGCCUUUGGUUUCGUUUUAGUGGAAGCAAGUUGAUGCGACUUAAAUCAAGGGAUCCCAUAUAUGAUAUCGGAUCACUUGUAGAAUAUCAGAAGGAAGGAACAUAUGAUUACAUAGAAGCAAAGUGCAUUGAUUUUGACAGCAAAGCAGAAAAUAUUUUAGACAUGGCAGGUGUUGUUAUUUCAGCUUUAGAUGACGAUUUGAACAUGAUAAGUGGAUGGUCGUUGGGAUUCCAUAUGAUUCCAGAGUGGGUCCAGUAUAAAAGUAAUGGCUCCUUUGUGAAGAUAGAUUUGGAUGCUAAUACGAAUCCGGAGAUGGGGUUAGCUUUCUUUAUUGUCUGUGAUUCUGAUCAUUUUCUUGGAUUCUCUUCUUCUCAUGAUUAUGGACCUAGUAUUUCAAUUUCUUCGUUAUUCAAGAGCCCUAUGAUAAACUUGAAGGUGGUGAGGCUUACAAUAGUGUUUGAGACGGAUGAAGAAUAUUAUGUAGAAUAUGAUUGUUCAAGUUACGUCUCUUUUGGUAAGCGAAUUGGAUUCUGGGUGUAUAUACCGGCAGUUUUGCGGUUAUUGGAUAUACGGAGGGUCAUUAAGAUUUCAUUUAAAACAGGCUGGAAUUGGUUAUCAGGCAAGCCUUGUGAAAAAGAAGUAGAAGUGAAAGAAUGCGGGGUGCAUUUAGUUUUUCCAGAUGAUGCUAAUUCAAAGUUCUAUAAUAGCAUUGCUUCUUUUGGCCGUUUGGGAUUUUCAAAUUCAAAUUUCCAUCGAAAAUUUGAAGCCGAUAUGAUGAAGGACGAAAGAAAAGAAAAAAAGGGAAAAGGAAUAAGAAAGUUGAAGAAGGGUGGCGGCAGUUAUGAUUAAGGAUGAAGGAAAAGAAAAAAAGUAAAAAGUAAAAAGAAAGUUGAAGAAGGGUGGCGACAGUUAUGAUAGAGAUGAAACCUAAGGGCUGCCCUUCCACUUGCAUAUAGGCUGGAUCCUUUUGUUUAGGCUGGCUUAUGUAUUUCUUCAGCCUAUGUGUUGUUUAUUUAGAGUUGGUGUGUUUUGUCUCCUUCUCCUCAUUUUGGAGGAUGAGGAUUUUUUAUAAUUUUGUAAUGUUGGUAUGUUUAUUUAUUAAU